CCACGGAGCGUCUGACCCGCGCACGAGCCUGGGCUGUCGGGAGCGCGCAGCAAUCAUUCCUCAUCCGUUGCACGCCUCGCCAGUGUCGGAAAACACUAAAAGACAUUCGUCUUUUACCUAAAAAGAAAUAACCGCUCUUUUAGCCCUCGUGUUGUCGCGCGACCACCCGCUUCGCGGUGAAGAAGCUGACAUACUUAACCAAAAACUCGUUCAUAAUUAGUCUUUUUUUUCGUCAAUGUGAGGGUAACACGAUACAAGAGGAGAAGGCUACCGCUGUGGUGAUGUGUUGUUUCGGGGCUCAUCCUUCAUUUCGCAGGUCGUUACUUUAACUUGAUGCCGUUCAGUUUGGGGAUGUAACCGCGAGGAAGCCACUUUAACGGACCUGAACUGAUGUGACUCAACGUGUGCGUUCAUUCCCCUAAACAAUGAGUCCGUUAGGAGCCUGAAGCGUCUUGUGAAAAGCCACAGGCUUGUAAGGGAACUGGCCUGGCCCUUUCACCCUCCACCUCUAACUGGCCCACUGUGUCACACUACUACCAUGUCUUUUCCCUGCUGUGGCCAUCCCAUGGAGAGUGCACGCCCACCCAGAUAGGAUGCCUGCCUUGCCCGACGUCCUGCAUCCCCUCCUGCCCAUCACCACCUCCUCCUUCUCCUUGGGUGUACCUGCUCUUGUCAACGGUUCCUUGCGGCCCCCCAGGCUCCACCCUGACCCGCUCCAACAUGGUGGAUGAGGUACCCACCAUGAAGGAUGACGUGAUCAACGCCAACACGCUGGCUUGGCUGAUCUGCUCGGGCGUGUCCAUCCUGGCCAACACUUGGAGCAUCCUUAGCGUCAGUGCCAAGCAGAAGAAGUGGAAGCCACUGGAGUUCCUUAUCUGCACCCUGGCAGGCACGCACAUCCUCAACAUGGCCAUCCCCAUCACCAUGUACUGUGUCAUAACGCUGCGCCGUCAGCACUCCAACUACGAGUGGAACGAGGGUCUGUGCAAGAUGUUUGUCUCCACCUUCUACACUCUCACAUUGGUCACUUGCUUCUCCGUCACCUCGCUCUCUUAUCACCGUAUGUGGAUGGUACGCUGGCCUGUGAACUACAGGUUGAGUAACACCAAGAAGCAGGCAGUGCACACAGUGAUGGGAAUCUGGAUGGUCUCUUUCAUCCUGUCCACGCUUCCAGCAGUGGGUUGGCACGACACCAUCGAUCGCUUCUACACUUCUGACUGCCGAUUCAUUGUGACGGAGAUUGGUCUCGGCUUCGGUGUGUGCUUUCUGCUGCUGAUCGGUGGCAGCGUAGCCAUGGGUGUGAUCUGCAUUGGCAUCGCUCUCUUCCAGACCUUCUCCAUUCAGGCAGGCCACAAGGCUGACAAGAACAAGUUCAACGUCCCCACCAUAGUGGUGGAGGACGCCCAGGGGAAGCGCAGAUCAUCCAUUGAUGGAUCGGAGCCACUCAAAACGUCACUGCAGAUCACCUACUUGAUCAGUGGAAUUGUCUUUAUCUACGAUUUCCUGACUGGCUUCCCCAUACUGGUGGUGAGCUUUGCCAGUCUGAAGUUUGACCGCUCCUACAACUGGAUGGUGUUGUGUGUGCUGUGGUGCUCCAUUGCCCAGUCCAUCCUGCUGCCCAUGUUCCUCUGGGCUUGUGACCGCUAUCGGGCUGACAUCCGCAUGGUGUGGGAGAAGUGCGUUGCCAUCAUGUCCAACGACGACGUGGAUGAGGAAAACAGCCAAGAUGGAGGAAUUCAUGCCGACUUAAUAUAUGACAGACCAUAUGACUAUAGCUCGGCGCCUGAAAUCGUGACGGUAGACCGUAAUGCCAAGUAUGAGUUCUCAACCUUAGAAAGGGGGGUCCCGCAAGGGUAUCCAUUGAGGGAACAACAGGAAGAUAAAAUGCAGUAUUUGCAGGUGCCCCCUACAAGAAGAUUCUCCCACGACGAAACCGACAUGUGGACCAACGACCUGAUCCCCUCAUACCUUCACCGAUGGGGCUCCACCGAGGACAUAAUAGUGACUGCUCACUACAGCUCCACCUUGCCGCGCCACGAGAGGCGCAAGAACAGCCUGGUCUCCUACCACGAGGAGAGCCACCAUCCCCAUCACCCGCAUCGAAAGCGGCGACGCUCUGAGGACAGUAUGCACUCCCUCAAGCACCUGCCACGCGUGGUUUGUGGUGGGGAGCACUAUGAGGACGAACUGCGGUGUUUUAGCCGCGACGAGGUGAUCAACUUUAUAGAUGAGACGCCGCUCCCGAGCCCCAGGAAGAGCCCACGGCGCACAUCCACCAUCUCACUUAUCCCAGAUGUGUAUGAACAGCACACAGUCAUCCUUCCUCACUUCCUGCUCACAGACUUUGAGCGGGAGCCUCAAGCGCUCAGGCGGCUCUCAGAUCACAAAAGGAGCAGCAGUCGGUGCAACACGCCUGAGGCUUCCCCCAAACCAGACAGACCUGCUGGAAAGAAGAGCCCUGGGGCGUGUGGCUCUGGUAAACGCUGUCGGGAGAGUGAGGGGAAACAGCAGUGUGAAGUGGCCUCACCUGGGCGAAGCCAGCAGACUCCAGGGCACUCUGCCGCUAGGCCCAGGACAGGCAGUGAAGCCAGGGCUGGAGCUAGAGCUGAUGGGGGGCAUCAGAAGCGCCUGAGCAAGGGCGAGAGUAAAGGAAGCACAAACAGUUUUGUAAGGACACCCUCUGCAUCGUCCUCAGGUUACAUCACCUUUCACUCUGAUUCUGUCGGCUCCACCACCUAAAAGCAAAGUUUUUCCUUGUUAAUAUCAACAUUAUUACUGCAGUUAUUAUCAUGAUGAAAACCACUGAAAUAUUGGUAGUUAUGGAAAAGUGACCUACUGGAUUUUUUGUCCUUUUUACUUGUGCCACUAUUCUGUUUUACUAUAUAUACCACCAAUAAAUAUCUGUUAUACUUAAUGGCCUUGGGAGCUUUGGACGUUUCUGAAUGGGCCUAGUGUUGAUUUUAUAUACUAGCCGGUGAAAAGAUUGGGUGGUCCUGUUCCUGUGCUUUCACAAAAUAUCCUCUGAGGACAUUAUUUGUUUCCAGUUCUGACACAAAUAAACUUUUUUUUAAAUGGCGUGAACAUUCCCACUCCUUGUUUUUGCUGAUCAAUGUUGUUUCUCAAAGAAUUGGAGGAGGUAGUACCUUGUAUUUUAUUUUGCCUGUGUGUUUUGUCAUAUGGACACAUUUGCUUUCAAACCAAACUUUCCUGAUUACUGCCAAUGUACCGUGACUUAAGGCCAUGACACAUUAUGUUCUACAUGCUUUUUUAAAAUCAUAUUUCUAUUAACAUUAUUAUUCACAACACAUUAAACCUUUUUUCCAGCACCCUACAUUGAAGUAAAUGGAGUGGUAAUCCCAAAUUCUUUAAUGCCUGAUAGUUUUACAGUCACUGUGUGAGAUAUUGAGAUAUAAUGUGAAGACCCCUAAAUUCUUAUGGAAAAUGUGAAGUCAGUUUGUAAAAAAGAUUUACUGACAUGUAUAUAUGAAAGAUAUUAGAUUUAUGUUUUUUUUUGUUUUUUGUUUUGUUUAUUCAGACCUUUGGUUAGACCCUUUUUCUCCCAAUUGUUAUUAUUCCAAUGUUUGGAAAUAAUCAGGCACAAUAUUUGCUCAUCACAUUGCAUAUUUAGAUUAGACCAAUACAGAAAUGGUGCUUUGUCCCCAUCAACUGAGCAUGUCAGCCUGACUUCACCUCUUGUUUUCAGUAAUGUGUUAAAAAGCACCAUUUAAGAUUUUUGUUAAAAAGCUCUCUAAGCAGAAACCUCCAAACCUCUAACCUCUGUCCAAAAAUUAAAUAAUUGCAGCAUUCAGGCUCACUAGAUGUGGUAUAACUUAAACACUGGUGUA